AAUUCUGGGAGUUGAAGUCCACAAGUCAUAAAAGAGCCGUGGUUGCCUACCCCUGGCCUAGAUACUGUAUGUUGGGGGAGGAGAAUUCCAGAUUUUGGCUUCACUAUGUACGAUGCCGAAGCUAUGUUGCAAAUUAAAAGAUUCUUUAAGGUAAACAAUGCCUCAAAGUUCUUUGAAGAGCUUCAUCUUUCAGAACCAUGACGCCAUCCAAUACUGACAGUUAUCCUGUCCCCCUUCUUCCUUCUCUGCCAUGCUUCGCUCCCUCCACCCUUCAUCGUAGGAUUGAGCCUUCAGGCCCUUUGUUGCUCUUCUCUGCACGCUUUCCAGGCUAGGCUGUCUCUCUUUUUUCAUCCUGGUGACCAAAGUUGUAUCCCAGGGUGGCCUCACAGGUGCAGGAUUAAAGCGCUGCCCCCAUUUCUCCUCAUCUUGACCUUGUCCCUCUGUUGACUCAGCCCAGGAGUGAGUGCAUUGGCCCUUUUGGCCCCUCCCCCUGAUCCCCGGCUGGGAGGGGCUGUGCGGGGUCUCCUCUCCCCCGGAGAACCCUCCCGCUUUUCUCAGCCCCGCAGCCCCUCCCCUCCCCCAAGAGGCGGAGUCCCCGGAAGGGGAUUUCCCGAUGGAACUUUAGAUGCCCUUUCUACGACCCUCUCCCCGGUUGGGCCUGGACGUCUGCCUAGCAACAAUGACGCCAAGAGAAUGCUUUUUCUUUUCCUACUGGUUGGGAUUGGCCAAUCACCAGCAUGUUCUGGAUCGUUGCGUUGUUGAUCACCGAGAGCGCCUCUUUCUUUGCUUUGUGGCUUCAGGAGAAGAGCGUGGCGCGGGCUGGCGGUCGCGGCCUUACUAGCAACGGCCUGGACGUCUGCCUAGCAACAAUGACGACAUGAGAAUGCUUUUUUUUCCUACUGGUUGGGAUUGGCCAAUCACCAGCCUGUUCUGGAUAGUUGCGUUGUUGAUCGCCUGGUUCUUCGGGGCGCAGGUUGGGGAUCGCGGCCAGGAUGGCUCUGCGCUCUGCGCCCCUCUUGCUCCUGGUGCUGGUGGCGCUCGCCCUCCGGGAGGGCUACUUUGGCGCCUCCUCCCACUCCCUGAAGUAUUUCUACUCCUCCAUCUCGGAGCCCAGUCAGGGGCAGCCCCACUUUGUCGGUGUGGGGUACGUGGACGGUCAGGUCUUCGUUCACUACGACAGCAACAGCCGGAGGAUGCAGCCUCGAGUCUCCUGGAUGGAGAAAGCGGAGAAAGAAGACCCCCAAUACUGGGACAUUAAUACCCGGAAUUUUCUUGAGGCUGAGGAUUCCUUCAAAAAUGGCCUGGAGACUCUGAGGACUCGCUACAAUCAGAGCGAAGGCCUUCACACAUGGCAGAGGGUGUACGGCUGUGAGCUGCAGGGAGAAGAGAGCAAAGGAGGGUUUGAUCAGUUUGGCUACGACGGGAGGACCUUCCUCACCUUUGACAAGGAGACCCUCACCUGGGUGGCUCCCCAACCCCAGGCCCAGAUCUCCCAGAGGAAAUGGGACGCUGUUCCAGGAUUGAAUCAGGGACAGAAAUCCUACCUGGAGGAAAUCUGCAUUGAGUGGCUGGAGAGGUACCUGUCCUAUGGGAAGGAGACGCUGCUGAGGACAGAGCCCCCAGAGGUGACCAUGAGCAGCAAGACGGAGGUGGAGGAUGGGAUGGAGACGCACGUCUGCCGCCUGGAUGGCUUCUACCCCAGGGAGAUCGAGGCCUCCUGGACGAGGGACGGGGAGGUCUGGCUGCAGGACACCCUCCGUGGCUCCGUGGCCCCCAACGCGGAUGGGACCUUCCACGCCUGGCUCAGCAUCCAGAUCGAUCCCAAACGGAGGGGCCGCUAUCGGUGCCACGUGGAGCACGACAGCCUGCAGGAGCCUCUGGACGUAGCCCUGAAGGGUGAGAGGCUGCAGGGAGGGAAAGGCUGGGCUCUUGGGCAGGCUGGAGGGUUGUGGGAGAGGAAUCUCACCCCCAGAUGUGAGCCUACUGGAGCUUUGAUCCAUUGGUUUUUCCAUUGUGGAGGUUGGUGAAGCUGCAGGGACCAGUCCGUAGAACUGGCUUCAGGUGAUUUAAGGGAAGCAGCAGAUCCCAUCACAAGAGCUGGCAGAUCCUGAUGAAAUGGCCUCAGAGCCUCUCUUAGCCUUUCUUCUCCCGUUUCCUCCCUCCAGCAGAAAAGCAGCGACUACGCUGAGCACCAGAAACCGAUUUGCUUUUGUUUAGAAUCCCCAAAAUACACAAAUGAAGAGGCAUCUGGAAGCCCCUUUUCUGAAUGCCACAUUUGAUUAAAAUGGAUGAACUGUGGCUGCUUUCAGGAAAUGCCUAGAGUGGCUGGUCUGAUGGCUAACAUGGCAAUCCUGCACCAAACAGGGGGUUAGACAGGAUGACCUCUUAGGUUCCUUCCUUCCAAGUGUAGGAUUCUAAGCGUGAUGUUCUUCACUUACGAUAUAAACAUCUGAAGUGCAAGUAUUGGGUGGGCCAUAUUUGGCUGGAUGGGAAACGGAAUAUGAGCCAGAAGCACAAAGUACCUUAAAAGAAGGAAUGUGGAAUUUUUGGCUGUACCAAAUAAACCAUGGUUUCCAAACGAUCAAGGGAAUCGUCUGCCUCUGUUCUGCCAUGAUCGGACCUUGCCUCAAGGAGAACAUCCAGUUCUGGGCAACACCCAUUAAUGCAGAUUCACAGCCAUUGGAAGAAAUCCACAGUAAAGCAACCAGACUGAAACUGAAUCCUCAGUAGAUGUCUAGACAGGAAUCAGCGUGUUUUAGUCUUGAGGAAAGAACGGCGGUGGAAGACCAAUCUUAAAAAAGAUAAAGAAAAUGAAACUGUAUACUUAAAAAAAAAGGACAGGUGACAUGAACGCUUUUACUUUUUUACAUUUUAUUUUUUACAUUUUAUUAUUUAAAGAGGAGAGCCUCUUUAAAUAAUAAAAUGCAAAUACUCAGGUUUAAGAAAAAAGAUAGCAUUCCAGAGCUGCCCAAUUCCACCCAGAGUCAUGACUAAUUGGGGCAGCCUCUUAAAAAGAACACAACGUUUUUUAUUUUUUCACAAAUUUUGUUGCUGAAGUUUCUGUUUCUAUAAACGGCUGAGAGUCACCAGAUUGCAAACGGCUGCUUUGAGCUGAAGAGCUAAAGAGGAAUUCUGUUGCCUUCAUGUUGGGCUGGUGGGAGAAGAAGGCAGCGACAUGAGGUUACGUCCUAACAAUGGUUAGCAAGGCACCUUCAUGCUACCCUUAGAGGGACAUGAAGAGGAGCCCAUGGAGGUUUUAAUUUGGGGAAUUUCCAGCUUUCGCUGCUUUAGGUCUCUCCCCUAAUUGGAAUGAUUGUUUUGGGCUCUCCUUCA